ACCAUUUAUCUUAGUCACGCUGGCGAUGCCCCUCUCGAAGAUGGGGACAUGUUUGGUCGCAUGGUGCCGCCCCCAAGCGGCUAAGAAAGAGCCUAAACCGCAAUGCAUCUUUAGCACGACUGGGCAGUGCCUGCCCGCCAAGCGGCCAAGCCAGCGUCGAGGGUCUGUACAAUCUGCGAGCACAGGCUCUGCAGCUCGGCGAGCUUGGGCGCGGGGGGCUGGGCGAGCUGCUCGUUGAUUCGGCCUCCGCGCCCGCGGAGAUUCAGAGCCUCUCGUUGAGCUCCCAAUGGCCGAGACUCUUGGCGCACAGGGGAAAACCAACCGAGGGUCUGCGUAGCCGAUGGCCGCGAGCGCGGCCCCGAGAAUGAUACCGUUCGUGAGCCUCUGGUGCAAACUCCCCGCCGCGCCGAGCGGGCCGGGCGCCGGUCUGCUCUGGUCCUCGGGGGCCCGCUGCGCGCGCGCCGGCCAGAAGGCUGCUGCCAGCGGAGCCAGCCUGAUGCAAACCUGGGCGGCCGCCACGCGAUCGGCACCGCACGGCAGGCCUGCUUCGGGGAACGCUGCGCGGCGCCGCAGCAGCGGCAGGGCCUCGCCAGAAGCGGGCGACGGUCAAGAUGUCCAGGCCCAUCGCGCAAGGCCAGGCGUUGACCCAGGUGUUCCUUCCUCUGCAGUCGACGCUCUGUCGGAGGGUGACCGCCCGCUGCUCGACGAACAUUGAGACGCUGGGCGCUUGGGCAGGAGAGCCCAGACCAUCGACGUCGAAUCGAACCGGGUCGCAGGAGUCGAGAUGAGCCCCGCGGGGGCGUGGGCGCUACAGGCAGGCCGCCUCUCUUGCCCGUGCGGGGGCCGUCGGAGCCGCGGGCUGCAGCUCGCGGCGCUGCGCGCCGAGAGCGGGCCUGGCCGGCUGGGCGGCGGGGUGCCGCAAGCGAGGCGCCCGCGGCUCCCCAGACGCGGCGCUGGCGCCGGAGGGCCUCCACGUCGGGGGGAUCGCCCGCGAAGGCCGAGCGGGUCGCGGCAAGGUCCGCGGGAUCGCGCAGAAGCUCGGGCCCGACAAGCUGCCAGGGGACCAGUGCAGGUGCAGGAGGGCGGGGGCCCUGUUUGGUGCCUCUGGUGCGGCAGGCCCCCAAGCUUCGCGAGGCCUCGUCAGCGAUGGCAAGCUCGGACGGGCACCGCCUCCAGACGAUGCGCAUCCCGAGCGCCAGGGGCGCGGCCGCCACUUGACGACAAACCCGAGAAAGUCCAGCACUGG